AUGGAUUUUGAUUCUCAUCUCUUUCAAAACCAAAACCAAAACCUUCUAUACUUCCCUCAAAAUUCCUACUAUAAUAAUUUCUCUUGGGAGUUAGAAAAUUUCGAUAAUUUCUUCAUUGAUGACAGCACCUUCAACAAUGAAUCACAAACACAGACACAAACACGAACCAAUGAAUUAUUAUCUUCAUCAUUAUCAUCGGCCGAGUCCAACUCUAUGGUGUCCGUACUAAGUAAUGACUCCAUAGAAGUCUCAUCCAAUACAACUUAUACACAAAUGAUCAAAGAAACACGAACUUCAACACCAUUACCACCACCACCGCAGAUUAAGGAAAGCAAUAAAAGAGCGUUUAGAGGCGUAAGAAGAAGGCCGUGGGGAAAAUUCGCGGCCGAGAUAAGAGAUUCAACAAGAAAAGGCGUGAGAGUAUGGAUUGGAACAUUCGACACGGCCGAAGCGGCCGCGUUAGCUUAUGAUCAAGCGGCUUUCUCAACAAGAGGUUCAUUGGCAGUGUUGAAUUUUCCGGAAGAAGUUGUUAGAGAAUCACUUAAAGAAAUGGGUAGAAACUCUAAGCCUUUGGAAGAAGGAACUUCACCGGUAUUGGCACUCAAGAGAAAACACAUCAUAAGAAAAAAGUCCAAUAAGGUUAGUAAAAAGAAAAUCAAAAGUGAAGAACAAAUUAAGAUUCAAAUAGAAACCAAAAAUGGUAACAUUAAUUCACAAAAUGUGUUUGUGUUUGAGGAUUUGGGGGCUGAAUAUCUGGAGCAACUAUUGAGCUUGACUUCUUAG